AUGAAUAUAUUCCGACUAUCAGCAGAUCUUGCUCAUCUUAUUGCCAUUUUCAUCUUGGCUGUGAAGAUGUGGAAAACACGUUCUGUUGCCGGAAUUUCUGGACGUUCACAGAUUCUGUUUGCUGUCGUUUUCACUUCGCGUUACAUGGAUCUGUUCACCAAUUUCAUCUCACUUUAUAAUUCUGCCAUGAAGAUAUUUUUCUUAAUUUCUUCAUAUGGAACAGUUUAUUUAAUGUGGAUGAAAUUUCGAGCUACCUAUGACAGAAAUCAUGAUACUUUCCGUACUGAAUUUUUGUUGCUGCCUUGUAUUAUACUUGCCUUACUUGUUAAUCACGAGUUCACUAUUAUGGAAAUACUUUGGACUUUCUCUAUCUAUCUAGAAUCUGUAGCGAUUAUGCCACAGCUGUUUAUGCUAUCUCGCACUGGUAGUGCAGAAACGAUUACGGCACAUUAUCUUUUUGCUCUUGGUUCAUAUCGUGGGUUAUAUAUAUUGAACUGGAUCUAUCGUUACUACACGGAAGGAUUUUUCGAUCCUAUUGCAGUUAUUUCUGGUAUUGUUCAAACAGUUCUUUAUGCUGAUUUCUUUUAUCUUUACGUGACUCGUGUGCUUCGCCAAAAGCGUGGUCUUCAGUUAUCAGCAUGA